AUGAACGUCCCUCCACCUGCAUCUAGGAAACGUCCUCGACCAGCCUCUUUUGAGGGCACAGGCUCCAGAACGUCCCAGACUCUACCGUCUAACACUCCACCCGGAGAUUUUAGCAUGAUCCCGCACACGAUGGUUUUGCCAACUUAUAGGAACGCAGUCAACUACUCCCGCUCCAAGCACGUCUGGUACUCUGAUGGAAACGCACUCAUUCGUUGCACAUCGCCUGCUGGUGUCACCGUCUUUCGCGUGCACCUUACGCUGCUCUCCCGUUAUGCAGGUGCAUUCAGUGGCGACCUCGUCUCGAACCCACUGUUUGACAACGUCGAGCUCAGCCCCAGUUACGUCGGCACCGGCCCGGCUUAUGUGCUCGACGUGACGGUUCGUCGUAUCUGCGAGUUCGAACACUUCCUCCGAGCCAUCUACGAGCACCAGUAG